AUGUACCCAAACCACAAUACUUAUGGUGGAAGUCGGCGAAACCCUGCCCGGUUCCAGGCAACUUUCAUGAACGGUAACAGGCAGUCUCAGGGCCACGUACCCACAUACCGGAGCAACUCAACAUCACAACCCACUCAGCCAAACGAAGGUGGUAGAACAGCUAUUGAUCCAGUGUCCCAUGGUUCAGCGUGGACGAUUGAAGGGCGAGAAAUACCAGACAUAAACGGCCGAAUUAUCGACUAUCAACAGUUCAUGAACCGCGUACUUGAUCACUUUGCAACAGCCACAGUUACGUACGAACAGCAGACGACUGCAUGGCGACUGUUUCUGGAUCCCAGGGUGGCCGCAAGUUUUGAGAUGAACGAUCGCAGGGUAGAGGCCGGUGCUCGAGCUGGACGUCCCAUCUUAAUCACUAACGAUGCCACAUACCACAACGCCGAUGGCCCAUGCCCAGGCUUUGGUAGAUACACAGGGAAUGCGGACGAUAAGGAACGAUGA